AUGGACUUCUGGCAGCAGGCUAGACGGCAGCGUGGUUCCCUGGCCAAAGGGACGUCCGUGCUCGCGUCCCUGCGAGUCCCAGCCCUCGGCAGCGAGGGAGCCGGGGAACUGGCGGCAGUGCCCUGGUGGCCAAUGCCAUUGCCCUGUGCCCCGCCGGCGCUCUGCAGCAACAGAGGUCGUGGUAGGGCAGAACACGAUCGGAAAAUGUUCCGAAAAGAUGACAACACACUGCACGGGCCAGUUUUCCUUCAGGAGCCCAACAGCAUGAUCUUCCCCUUGGAUUCAGAGGAAAAGAAAGUGAAGCUGAGCUGCGAAGUAAAAGGAAAUCCCAGACCGACCGUUGGGUGGAAGUUAAAUGGAACCAGUAUUGACAUCGGUAUGGAUUACCGCUACAGCGUGGUGGAAGGCAACCUGUUGAUCAAUAAUCCAAAUAAAACCCAAGAUACUGGAACAUACCAGUGUGUAGCAACAAACCCGUUUGGAACGAUCGUCAGCAGAGAAGCGAAGCUUCAGUUUGCCUAUCUUGAGAACUUCAAAACCAGAACGAGAAGCACGGUGUCCGUCCGCCAGGGCCAGGGCAUGGUGCUGCUGUGUGGACCACCGCCGCAUUCUGGAGAGCUCACCUACGCGUGGAUCUUCAACGAGUACCCGACCUUCGUCCACCAGGACAAUCGCCGCUUCGUUUCGCAGGAGACGGGGAAUUUGUACAUCGCGAAGGUGGAAGCUUCGGACGUCGGCAACUACACGUGCGUCGUGACGAACACGGUGACCAACAGCAGGGUCGUGGGUCCCCCCACCCCUCUCAUCCUCAGGAACGACGGGGUGAUGGGAGAGUAUGAGCCGAAAAUAGAAGUGCAGUUCCCGGAAUCGGUUCCAUCUGCAAAAGGAACAACGGUGAAACUGGAGUGCUUUGCCUUGGGGAACCCGGUUCCUACCAUUAGCUGGAGGAGAGCAGAUGGGAAACAGAUACCCAGAAAAGCCAGGAGACACAGAUCAAGUGGACUUCUUGAAAUCCCAAAUUUUCAGCAAGAAGAUGCUGGACUCUAUGAAUGCGUAGCUGAAAAUGUGAGAGGGAAAAACGUGGCACGAGGACAACUGACAUUUUAUGCUCAGCCCAACUGGAUCCAGAAAAUCAGCGACGCACACACAGCCAUAGAGGACAGUGUGGUCUGGGAAUGCAAACGGGCCAGGGGGACCCGGAGGCCCUUGUACCGUUGGCUGAAGGCCGGGGAGCCGCUGCUGCCCCAGGGCAGAGUUCAGCUGGAGCAGGGCUCGCUCACGAUAACGAACGUCAGCCUGUCCGAUGCCGGCAUGUAUCAGUGUGUAGCGGAAAACAGACACGGCAUCAUUUUUGCCAGUGCAGAACUGAGUGUCAUAGCCGUCAGUCCAGACUUUUCCAAAACGCUCUUGAAAAAGUUAACUCUUGUUAAAGUGGGUGGUGAAGUAAUCAUUGAGUGCAAGCCGAAAGCUUCCCCCAGACCUACUUAUUCUUGGAAGAAAGGAAAAGACAUCCUAAGAGAAAAUGAGAGAAUCACUGUUUUGGAUGAUGGGAGUCUCCGGAUUGUCAACGUCACCAAAUCCGACGCGGGCAGUUACACCUGCGUGGCCACAAACCACUUUGGGACGGCAAGCAGCACGGGCAGCUUGGUUGUGAAAGAUGCAACCCGGGUUAUGGUGUCACCUUUCAGUAUGGAUGUCACUGUUGGAGAAAGCAUUGUCUUGCCUUGCCAGGUGUCUCAUGAUCACUCGCUAGACAUCAUGUUUACCUGGUCAUUUAAUGGACACCUGAUAGACUUCGAAAAAGACGGGGAUCACUUCGAAAGAGUUGGAGGGCAGGAUUCAGCUGGUGAUUUGAUGAUCAGAAGCAUCCAGCUGAAGCAUGCUGGGAAAUACGUCUGCAUGGUGCAAACGAGUGUGGACAAGCUAUCGGCUGCUGCAGACCUGAUUGUAAGAGGUCCCCCAGGUCCACCAGAAGCCGUGACAAUAGAUGAAAUCACCGACACCACCGCUCAGCUGUCCUGGAGGCCCGGAGCAGACAACCACAGCCCUAUUACAAUGUAUGUCGUGCAAGCAAGGACCCCCUUCUCGGUGGGAUGGCAAGCGGUGAGCACAGUUCCAGAGAUCAUCGAUGGCAGGACGUUCACAGCGACAGUGGUGGGUCUGAACCCUUGGGUCGAGUAUGAAUUCCGAGUAGUGGCUGCCAACAUGAUUGGGAUUGGAGAACCCAGCAGACCUUCAGAGAAGAGAAGAACUGAAGAAGCUCUUCCUGAAGUGACCCCAGCCAACGUCAGUGGAGGUGGAGGGAGCAAGUCUGAGCUGGUGAUUACUUGGGAGACGGUGCCCGAGGAGCUGCAGAACGGCGGCGGCUUUGGGUACGUGGUGGCCUUCCGCCCCUUCGGCACCGUCAGCUGGAUGCAGACCGUCGUGGCCUCCCCGGACGCCGCCAGAUACGUCUUCCGCAACGAGACCUUGCCGCCCUUCUCCCCCUACGAAGUCAGAGUUGGGGUGUACAACAACAAGGGGGAAGGGCCGUUCAGCCCCGUCACCGUCGUCUACUCGGCAGAGGAAGAGCCGACGAGAGCCCCAACCACUGUUUUGGCCAGGAGUCUUUCUGCCUCAGACGUUGAAGUUUCUUGGGCUCCCCCUUGGGAGAACCAGCACAAAGGAAGAAUACAGGGAUAUGAGGUCCGGUGUUGGAGGCACGACGAAAAGGAAGAAAACGCCAAAAGGGUUCGAACGGUUGGCAAUCAGACCUCCACCAAGGUGGGCAACCUGCGAGGCAACGCGCUGUACCACUUGGCAGUCAGGGCGUACAACACGGCUGGGACCGGCCCCUCCAGCGCCGCUGUCAACGUCACAACCAAAAAGCCACCACCGAGUCAGCCCCCUGGGAACAUCAUAUGGAAUUCGUCCGACUCCAAGAUCAUACUGAACUGGGACCAAGUGAAAGCGCUGGACAACGAGUCCGAAGUGAGAGGCUACAAAGUUUUGUACAGGUGGAACAGGCAGAGCAGCACGUCCGUCAUAGAAACGAAUAAAACCUCGGUGGAGCUCUCCCUGCCGUUCAACGAGGACUACAUCAUAGAGAUAAAGCCCUUCAGCGACGGGGGCGACGGCAACAGCAGCGAACAAAUCCGAAUUCCAAAGAUAUCAAAUGCCUACGCGAGAGGAUCCGGCUCUUCGACCUCCAGCGCCUGUACCCUGUCGGCCAUCAGCACGAUAAUGAUAUCGCUCACAGCUCGGUCCAGUUUAUGACAAAAAUUGCAUAAAGGACUUCUUGUUUAUAAUAUAAGCAACAUUUAGCUAGUUGUUUUGAAGACACCCAGUACUAAGUAAUAUUGUGGUUUGAGUACAUCUUACUACUGGAAAAA